UUGUGAACUGCUAUCCUCGCUCCCCGGCUUGAAUUCAGCUGUCAACAUGAAGCUUAUUCAUUUGAUCUUGAUGGUGGUGAUGACCAUCUCUGUGCUGAUGGGAUCAGUCCGAGCCUUUCCUGACCCUUUAGCCCUGGCUGACCCUGUUGCUGAAGCUUUGGCUGACCCUGCUGCUGAAGCUUUGGCUGACCCUGCUGCUGAAGCUUUGGCUGACCCUGCUGCUGAAGCUUUGGCUGACCCAGCUCCUGAAGCCCUGGCUGACCCUAAUCCCUUGGCUCUGGCUGGCCUAGUCCCCAAACGUCGGAAGGACUGCCCCUGUUACACCAUUUUCGGUCCUUGCCCUUUUAUAUGCUCAUAGACGCCAUCGAUAUAUGGCGCUGAGAGAUGAUAUAGCCAGAUGUCCAGUGUUGUACGUACAUGUCCAGAACUGCCCACAUGCGUUCAUUACUAUAAACAAGUGUCCGACACUAUACAGAAGUGUCCAUUACUGCACACAAGUCUCCAAACACCUGCAAGGUAUCUGGUCAACUCCUUCACUCCACCAAGACACAACCUACUAGCAUCAUUCUUAUUCCUUUCCCAAAUCCAUUUCUUGACAUUUUAAUUGAACUUUCUAUCUUAAUACUUUGUUUGUGAUUAUUAUGUACUCACAAAUAAAAGAUU